UUUAAAUAUCAUUCGCCGGUACCGGCCUUGGAUUCCACCACCGCCCGCCGACAGCGACAACUACGAUGGGGAUUCAGCUUCCGGUCACCGAAGACCGAAUCUCCGACGCCGGAGCAUCAUUCGUCCUCCAAUCCAAAGGGGAAUGGUGGCAUGCGGGAUUCCAUUUGACGACGGCGAUUGUCGGACCGACGAUUCUAACGCUGCCGUACGCGUUCAGAGGAUUAGGUUGGGGAUUAGGGUUUUUCUGCUUGACGAUUAUGGCAGUUGUGACUUUCUACUCGUAUUUCCUCAUGUCGAAGGUUCUCGAUCACUGCGAGAAGGCCGGUCGCCGUCACAUCCGAUUCCGGGAACUCGCCGCCGACGUAUUAGGAUCUGGAUGGAUGUUUUACUUCGUAAUAUUCAUCCAAACCGCGAUCAAUACUGGAGUUGGAAUUGGAGCAAUCUUGCUCUCCGGGCAGUGCCUUCAGAUAAUAUAUUCAAACCUUUACCCAAAUGGAUCCAUGAAACUGUACGAGUUCAUAGCAAUAGUAACAGGAGUGAUGAUCAUUCUGUCUCAGCUUCCAACCUUCCACUCUCUUAGACAUGUCAGUCUGGCUUCUCUGCUUCUCAGCUUGGGCUACGCAUUUCUUAUUAUUGCUGCUUGUAUCAUUGCAGCAAUGAGCAAAGAAGCUCCAGAAAGGGAGUAUAGCUUAGAAUCAUCACCAAAAUCAAGGGUCUUCAGCGCCUUCACUUCCAUCUCCAUUUUAGCAGCCAUUUUUGGGAACGGAAUCCUUCCUGAAAUCCAAGCAACUCUAGCAGCUCCAGCGAGUGGGAAGAUGGUGAAAGGGCUUUUGAUGUGUUACUGUGUGAUAUUUGUAACUUUCUACGCCAUUGCAGCAUCUGGAUAUUGGGUGUUUGGAAACAGGGCAAGCUCCAAUAUUCUGCUGAGCCUGACGCCGGACACUGGACCUCCAUUGGCUCCCGCUUGGAUUCUUGGGCUCGCUGUCAUCUUUGUUCUUCUUCAACUCCUCGCCAUUGGACUGGUGUAUUCACAAGUGGCAUACGAAAUAAUGGAGAAGCAAUCAGCUGACACGAAGAAAGGAAUGUUUUCCAAAAGGAACCUUAUUCCAAGGCUCAUUCUUCGCUCAAUAUACAUGAUCAUCUGUGGCUUUUUUGCUGCUAUGCUUCCAUUCUUUGGUGACAUUAGUGCCGUGGUGGGUGCUAUUUGCUUCAUUCCUCUUGAUUUCAUUCUACCAAUGCUUCUCUAUAACAUCACCCACAAUCCUCCCAAAUCCUCCCUCACCUAUUCUAUCAACCUCGCCAUUAUUGUCGUAUUCACCGGGGUUGGACUCUUGGGUUCGUUCUCUUCUAUACGAAAGCUCGUUCUUGAUACUUCCAAGUUCAAGCUCUUCAGUAAUGAUGUUGUCGAUUGAUCUAAAAAAUCCCUCUAAAUUUUGUAUCCAAUUUAAAAAUACUCUUAAAAUUUCUUAAA